GCGUUAAUGUGUCGUUACCGUUGAAUGCGAUACAGUUGAAAUGUGUCCAAACGGGGCUCCGUACUUACGUCAGCUGUCAGGAAAGAAAGAUGGCGGCCGCCUUGGCAAGAAGGGUGUCUGGGCUGCUGAGGCCGCUGUCGGUCUCCCUGUGCUCCAAGGCACCACGUCUCUGUAAGCUCUCCAGCCUCAUUCAGCCCGUCUGCAGCUCUGCCGCAGCCCUCGCUCCUCUGCGGGCCGCAGCCUCUCCGACACCCCGGUACAACAUCCUACAACGGUUAUUGCCACUCAUCCCAGGUCUGACUCAACAACCAAGCAGAAGUCUAACCUAUUUCAGUCUGAAGAAGGGGAAGAGGAAGACCGUCAAAUCCGUGACAGACCGCUUCAUGAGGCUGCAUUGUGACCUGUGGAUCCGACGCAAGGCUGGAUACAAGAAGAAGCUGUGGAAGAAGAGUCCUCCCCGACGUAAGCGUCUGAGGGAGCACGUAUUCUGCAACAAAACACAGAGCAAGCUUUUGGAUAAAAUGACCACCUCUUUUUGGAAAAGGAGGAACUGGUUUGUCAACGAUCCAUACCUGAAAUACCACAAUAGGGUCAACCUCAAACUGUAAUUUGCUUAUUUAUGUAAGUGAAGUUUUGUGUUGAAACGUAAUGAGGCAUAUGUAAUAAAAUCAUAUCUUGAU